AGAUUUGUUAUUGCUAUCAUUAGUUUUAACUUUAUUUCAUUUUAUUUACGGGUGUAACGAUUCAUAUUCCUUGCGAUGCGAUUUCGAUUAUUGCCUUUUGAUUUCGAUGAUUUCGAUUAUGUAAAUGUUUCUUAAUUCUUAUACAUAAUGCGUAAUGUAAACAGCAUGCAACACUAAACCCUUAACAUAAGAAUAGUAUCAGGGACAGGACGAAUCACUGUCGCUUGGUUCGUCACCAUCUUUCAGAACCUGACAAAGAGUAUGUCGCACAUGGUUAAUUGCCUUAUUUGGAAAUUCUCAAGGGGAGGUUGCAGGACAACAUUUUUACCAGGCAACAGAAAAUGGCACACGAACUACUAUCGUCUUUGCUCAUCAAUCAAAAACGCACAUUAAAGAGUUCUGGGUUAUUAUUUUAGAAUAAAAUAACUCACUAAGGGCACCCAGGAAAAGGUGUGCAAAAGUCGAACCAAACUCGAAACAUGGAAGCAAACAAUCCUGAAUUGAACUGAACGGUCAUAAUCACAAUUAAUCGAGAAUUUGAUUAAUUGUUACACUACUAAUUUUAUUUAGCUAGAUGUCUGGUAUGAUGGCACCCCUCUUGCAAGACUAAAAAUGUUUGAAUGAAGGUUGAAUAAAGUAUUUUGUUCAGUUAAAACACAAUGAUUCGAUGACCACACUACUACAUCUCACUCAAACUCCAGGUGUAUAGUCUCAAUGUAACUUUAUUGGGACACACAAAUGUAAAAGAAGGGGAACGGGCUUAAACCUUUUUUAACAAAAGUCAGUUCAAUGACAACAUGCCCAUUCAAUAAUCUCAGUAGCCCAUGUAACUGUACACAUUCUUUUGCCACAGUAUUAGUUCAAAAAGCACACAUCAACCCAAUUUUCAUUGUCCAAAACGAAGGAAUUAUAGCUGGAGCAAAGUAUUUUAUUACUUUGGGCAAGACAGCUAGAUCGAGUUUAAGUUUGAUUAGGGGUGCAGGUUUUCUCUUUUGCUGACCAUAGUUCAAUGACCUGAGCAAAUCUCAGUUCUAUAAUCCUGGCAGAAGUUCAUAAAGUAUACAUCAUUUCAAUGUCCAGUGACACUAAUUUAAGGAAUAGGAGCAAUAUUUUCUAUUUCUCUGGGUGAGAUGGAAGCAAUGGAAAGGGGUGAGGGUUUUGCACGGCUGAGCUUCUGGUCCAUACUUAAAACAGCUGGCAUUCUUCACUGCUUGACACUGUUAAUGGACCUGACAUCAGCCUACUAAUAGUGUGGUGUAGUGUUUUUUACUGCAUAUUCUUCCAGUUUGUCCAGGGGCCUGUUUUUCCUGUUCUUUCCAUUCGAUGCUUGUAUCUUGGUUAUAAUUUUGUAGUUAAACCAUCUAUACUUAUCUUAAGGUAUCAGCCACCCUUAAAAUUGCCAUUUUUCCAUAUUUGAGGUUUCAACGUUUUCAAAUACACUCUUUUUUUUUUUUAUAAGAAUGUUGUUUUUCCGGCCCAGGCUGAAUAUUCUUAUUUUUCUGCCCAUUUUAGGCCGAGAAUAUUCUUGUAUUAUUCUUAAAUUAUAGCUUAUGACAUUUCCGUUUUAGAAUUUAUAGGGGUAUAUGUAUAUGUAAUACAUGUACCGUUCAUCGAACUGUCAUUAGCGUUGAACAUUUUGCUAUAGCUAGUGCAGGUUUUUUCGUUUUCUUGGCUAGUUUCGCCGUUCAGAGAAAGGAAUACUUUUAUACGGUUAAGUUAAAAACAUAAAAUUGAAUUGUAUUUACAGAUGUUUCAACACACAAAAUUAUAUCUACCCUUUUCAAAAUCUCAGCCUCGGCUUUAUUCUUAAAAUAUUCUUAAAAUUUCGCAAAUUUCAGCCUCGAUAUUCUUAUAAAAUAUAUUCUUAUAAAAAAAAAAAGAGUGUAGAUAUGCUUGAGAGCUUUCUUUCAAAAAAAAAAAUCAGAAGAAAAUAUUAUUUCUGUCGAAAGAUCUUAAUUGAUCGUUGACAAGAUCUGUCAUACCCGUGUCAUAUCAAUUAACUUGCCUGUGAACUAGUAACGUGAUUCCGCGUGCGUGAUUGGACACAACACGUGCGAAUUGUCUUCGCGUUGUUUGUAGCCUUUAGUAUUCUCCGUGGAUAUUUAGCGUUUGCUUCGGUGAAAAUGCCGCCAAGAAAAAAGAAAAGGUCGUGUCCGUUUUCGUCAUCGAAACCGAGAGCGAAAAAGAAAUUGAAUGGGCCGCAAAAUUUUAUCAGCAAGAGAAGUGGCUCGAGGAGUUGGAUAUUCAGAAAAGCGAAAAUGCUGCAGUUGCUGAGAGUGCAAGCCGCUCCAAAAUCCAGCUUGAAGAGCCAGAUGAAGAAAGCCAAUUAAGCUCAUCGACCCCAUCUGCUGAUGGAACGUGGAAAACAAUAAGCGGUCGGGCUAUCGUAUCGAGAGAAAAGCUGCUUGAGAAACUGGACGAGUCUGUAUCUUGUCGAUUUUGCCGGGGAAGAGUCCAAGUCAUGGAAAAUGUAGCGACUAAGCAUGGACUUUUCUACCUGGAGAAUCCAGCGCGAGAAUGA